AUGCCGGCCACGCGAAGAUUAGAACCUACUGAAGCCCUCCAGCCUGUUGUAUUACGAUACGAAAAGCACCAAGACACCAUCGCCGUCAAUUCCAUAGAGGGAAACGACUACAACUACGGAGUACAGUUGAGAGGAGUCGAACAUUACCUCCACACACUCCACCGCCUCGGCUUAGACAACAAGCCUUCGCUCGACCACAUCGACUACCGCAACCUUGACAAUCUCCAGGACUUCCCGUUAUCCCACUACGCCUUCCCAGACGAACCUUCACCGCUUACGGAAGUUGGUGCACCCUCACCGCCCUCUCCCCAAUCCUACAAUCAACCCAUCUACACAGGCACAACGCAUAUCUCCGCCGUCUUCCUCUCAAUCCUACGCAUCGCGCAACAAAACCUCCCACACCUCAACCUCGUCUCAGCGCUGAAUCACGUACCGAAUAUCCGUCCCACAGACCUCGCCCCUCCACUGUUCCCGUCUGCGCCGGGGAACCUCGCGCCCCAACUUUUCCUUGAUGCUUCCGCGCUGCCAAAAAGACCCGGAGACGAGGACAUCACCAUCGCGUUCUUACCGUAUUUCUACAACGGCGGGUCACAACACGCAAUCGGGUACUACAACGUCAUCACAUGCCCAACCCGAGGGCGGGUUCUGGGUACAGCCUUUUUCACGCCAUGCUCGGAAGUGGAUUUGAGGCGCUACGGAUUGGUGGAGUACAUAGAGGGCUGGAAGGAUCUGGGUAGGGAUGGUAGAGACGAGGAUGGGAUUGCAGAGAUAAGGUGUGCGGGGUGUUGGGAAGGGGUGUGGUUGGAGAGGGAUACGGUGGAGGAGUAUGAUGAGUGGAAGGUGGUGGUGAGGGCUGCGAGUGUGUGUUGGGAGGGGAGGAUGGGGCUUACUGUUCGGGGGGAGGUGGAGGGGUGA